GCCCAGUGAGGUGACGCCGGCCUGAAGCGCCACCGCCCCGGCGGCGGGGGGAAGCGGCGGGGCCCGGCCCGGAAGAGGAGGGCUUUCCAGGGCGGUUUCGCGGCGGCUGGCGGUGCAGGUUCUCAGAAUGACUUCCCUGGUUGACAUGCCCUUGAAUUAUGAAAAGAUGUUUGCGCAUCGAUUCACGUCAGAUGAUGAAGAAUACCAAGAAUAUCUGAAACGCCCUGCAGAUCCCCCUCCUAUAGUUGAAGAAUGGAGAAACAGAUCUGGUGGCAACCAGAGAAACAGAGAUCGGUUUCAAGAUGGUAGAUACUUUAGAGGAGACAGAUACAACUGGCAAGGUGACUACAGAUCUAAUCAGAGGUCGGAAAGAAGUUGGGGUAAUAACUACCAGCAGCACAGACAAGGGCAAUCGUAUUCCUCCCACUAUGGACAAUAUGGCUACAACUCCUACAACCCAGGGUCUCGUUACCAUUCCUACUGAUGAUACUUGUGCUCUGGAAGUCCAGUAAUGCUGUGUAACAAAUUCAGUUAGACAGUUUUCUUAUGUUCCCACAGUUUUAUAGAUCACUCAAGAAUUAGUAUUACAGUCCAUCGCUGUUUAUCUGUAGUGUGAAUUGAAAAAGAGAAUACCUUUUGUGAGUAAAAAAGCGUAUUAUACAGAGUUUGUUUAGAGUCUGUAGACCUUAGAUUAAUUUUCUAUCUCAUUCUUUUGUCUGAAUACACACUAGUGCACUUCUUUUCUUCCAUCAUUGAGAUUUCUCUCUCUUUCAUUUUAGAAAAUACAACAGGCCAGGGGAAAAUAGCUGUGGUUUGCGUGCAGCCUGUAGCAAUGGCACAUUGCCUUAAGAUAGUUCUUUUUUGAAAGUGACAUUCUGUGUCUUUGUCUGGAGAGAAUUUCUUAGUUUGGCUUUUGAUAGUGAGAAAAGCUCAGUUUGGUUAGAAUUUCACAUGCCUUAAAACUGAGAAGAGAGGUGCUAUUACAGAAAUACUUCAUGGGGUCAGCGUAGCGUCCUUUGACUCAAUGGCUUCGAUUGAUUUGCAGAUUUCCUUUUAAAACAUGGUCUAAAAGUUGGAAUAAAAUUUAAGUAGUUUAAAUAUGUAUCUUCUGAUUGUAGUAGGUCAGUGAUGUACAAGUUUUACUUGAGAAGUGAUAUCAGACUUAGAUUUUUGUAUGGUCUUAAAUUUGGUAUGUGCAUAACAAAUGUUGGAAUUCCUCUUUCAGUAAAGCUGUAAAAUUUUGAUGAUAAUUGUGAUUACUUUAUGUGAAACACUGUGCAUGUUAUAGAAGAAAGGAACUGUAAUUGGUACUGUUCUGUACUUCUUUUGCAUGAGAAAAAUAGCAGUGCAGAAUGUUCUGCAGUUCUUAUAGUUUAAGUUUUGUGUGUUAUUUUUUUUAAGUAUCGUGCAAUAAAAGUAUAGUUCACGUGUGAGGAUGUUUCUGUAUAUUUCUGAAACCUAAUUUUGAAACACUGAGAGUUGCCACACUGUCAUCUAGGCUGGCUGCCCUAUGAGAAGCAGUACCAGCAGGGAAGUGUUAAUACUGCACAGCUGUUGGUUUAAGUUAGAAGAAAGGCCUACUCAGCUACAACCAAGAAGAUGAGAUACCCUGUGAUUAAUUAGAAGUCCGGAGUGUUAAUCCACUAUCUGACAUUCUACUAUAAUAGGGUCAAAGGUCUCUAUUUCUCCAUUUACACAAUAAGCUAAUUUCCAUCAGGAGAGCAGUGCAUUUCUUUUUACUUGACAUUUUCUUCAGCUGUUGUACAGAAACAUGGAACCAUCAUGCUGUUAUAAAAGUCAUGACAUUAUGUGAUAAGGAGCACAAAUUAGUGCACCUGGAUUUAAAAACAAAGAAUUAAUAGAGAAGUCAAAAGCACAGUCUUCCAGCUCAUCAGAUGCAUUUAAGAACUAAAGGGUACAUUUACUGUUGAUCUUAGAAAGACACACUGUAUAUAGAUUUUCCAUAGUCUGUGAGACAAAAACUCUGACAUGUCUCCACCUACCUGCCAAGUAUUUCUGCUUUCUGCCUCUCACAUAAUAUUGUUUACUCUGCUACAGUGUUUAAUAUCCUACUCCCUGAAGUAUUUGCCUUGAAUUCAGCUGUUUAACCUUAGAAAUCUUCUAGUGAGAGGUUUGUUUUUCUUCAAGGAGCUCUGCUGGAUGAAAUGCAGCUGGUUUAACCCUCAUUAAUACAGCAGAGCUGUUACACUAGGGGAUUAAGAUCAUGGAAAGUUCUUAUCUGUGCACUAUGGAGAGCCUACAAGUUGGUAUGGUGGAAUUCCCUUUUAAUGCAAAAUCAUAUGCAAAGUGCCAGAUAUCCCAGACUCCCACCUCCGAGAAGGGAGCGCAUCUCUUUCUGCAAGGAGCCUGACACUGCCAGCUAUGCCACAAAAGUGAGGCUGUGCCAGGAUGUUGUUCUUCCUUACCAUCUGGAGUAGCAUCUCGGGUCGAAAUAAAACCUGGCGCUAGGAACA